UGUGAAUAACGAAUAUCAAAGGAUAUUCUUAGUAUAAUAACUAAAGUUAGUUAGUAUAAUAAUUAAAGCUAAAUUAGGAUACACCUCACCUUAAUGACAAAUUCAUAAAAUAAUGUCCGACUAGACAUAGACAUGUCAAUUAACAAAACGUAAUUGUUAUUUUGCAAGAAACCAACCAAUUACCUAAUUACCGGCCACUUCCUCUUCUCACGCAUUUCGAAAACUCUUUUUAAUUUAUUUUUCGAAUCAUUAGGAAAUUCUAUAUUUAAAUACUGUCGUUUUUAGAACAAAAUCAUUCCAAAUUUGAACUCACUCCGUCCCAAUUCCGGUGACAAAUUUAUUUAACCUACCAGUUGUUUAUCCCGGUGUUUUUGUUAUAAUGUCCAAGUCAUUCGAGGCCAAGUCUACUUGGUGCUGGUGCAAGAAGCCUCAGCAGUCAGCGGAGCCGGAGUAUGAAGACAGUGUUGGGUCACACGUUAUUAUAGUAGACCCAGCCAAAAUUGCUUAUGUACAAAACUGGAUAGACGCCCACAGGCGUUUCUUCCCCUCCACUGCCCCUCCCACUCCCUCCAGAAGUCAACCGAAGAUCCAGUGCAACACGUCACCUUACCAAUAUGGCCGACCGGAAGUCAACUACUUUUAUACGGAACCCAUAGACUUCAGCGUCAGAAAAGAUAUCAAACUGCCAUACAUUAUGAAGAGCCCGCAUCCGAUUUCACCAUUGAGGAUGUUGAGGAAAUAGUUUUUUGUUA